GGGCGACGGUCUGCACUGCCUACGGCGCGUCCGCCACAUCAUUGAGCGCGCCGCUCCUUUCCCACCUUGGCGACUCUUCUAUUGCUUCCGCGGAUUCCACCGCUUCUGCUGCUCAGGCCAAGCCUCUUUUUUAUAAGGGAAAGGUAGUCGUCAAAUACGUGGCGAAGCUUCGUCCAACCAAGACCGGCGACAAAGGAGCUCGGGGGAAAGUUAUCUACGGUAUUAAAAA